AUGAUUCUGGCCAAAGAAUUUAAGAAUUCAGGAGUGGCUAGAGAUUCUGAUUUCACCACGAAUCGAAGCGAUACAUCAUUGAUCGUACAAUUUGCUAGUAACAAUAGCGUGGAAUUGUUGAGAGCAGUAGAAUUUGUGGUUGGACACGUUGAUGGAGUUGACAUAAAUUGUGGUUGUCCUCAAAGAUGGGCACUCCGCGAGGGUAUCGGGGCUCAUCUGAUGGAAAAUCCCGAGACCGUUAGGGACAUGGUUGGAACGAUUAAGGGUAGUGGUUUAAAUAUCCCAGUUUCCAUAAAGAUCCGGAUUCACAAAGAUUUACGUAAAACUCUGGACUUCGCAAGACGUGCGGAAUCCAUAGGAUUAGAUUUCAUCGCAGUUCACGGUAGAACGCGUAGUCAAAAAUCCACCUCGCCUGUUAAUGUCGCCGCAAUAAAAUUAUGCAAAGAAUCACUAAAGAUUCCCAUAAUAGCUAAUGGCGACGUGUUUUCCCUAGUUGAUGCUGAAAAAUUACACGAGAAGUACGCCUUGGGAAUGUAUAGAGAGAUUUGUUAG